UGAAUAUGUGCAUUUCAUAAAUAUGAUCAACUUUAUAUUUAAUUUUUUUUGUAAAGUUGAUCAAUUGGAGUGAUAAAUUUAUAUGAUUUUUACAUAUACUUAUAAUUUUCAUUUCCUGCUUCAAUUUGAACGCAUUUUGAAAAAUCUUAUGCAUUUUUCUAUCGGAGUAGUUUGUUAAGUCUGCUAGUAUAAUAAAAUGGCUGCAGUUGAUAAUCCAAAAUUUGAAGAACUGUGUAGAUUAUGUGCAACAAAGACAACAAUGGUUUUGGCAAUAAAUAUAUUUGAAAAUGAGGGUACCAUAAGGCAAAUUAGUAAAAAAAUAUGUACUUGUCUUCCUGUUCAGGUUCAUGAGACCGAUGAAUUACCAAAAAUGAUUUGUGAAAAUUGUUUGUACAAACUAGAAUUAUUUUGUGAUUUUCGGGAGCGGUCGGCUCGAACUGAAAGAUUACUAGUGGAAUUAUAUAAAGAAAUAAAGGCAUCUCGAGUACAUAGUGACCAACAGUCAUGUAUGGUUCCACUUGGUCAUAAUGAUCUAAUUAUGGUGCAACAACAUGAACUAUUGAGUGAACAGAAUUUGCAAAACGUUCCGGAGAUUGACCUUUCUCAUCUUGGCCAACGUGAAGGCAUGAUUGUACAGCAUGAAAUUAUAUUAACUCAUCACGUUGAUAUGAAUUCUCAUUCAUUGGACAGUAUAGAUUUGAAUCAUCAUGAUUUAACAAAUCAGGAUAUUUCCAAUCAAAGUUUACAAACACAAGAAUCUGUUUUGGUUGAUAAUACUGCUCAUACGAUUCAAGAUACUAGAUUUACAGAUAGUUUAAAUUUAAUACAGCAGCAUCAGUUACUGUCAGAUCAAUUCAGACUCCAACAAGACUUGCCUGUAAAUAUGGAAUCGGAUGAAAAUACAGCGAAUAAUAUGCAACUUGGUGAUGAGAUUCAGCAAGAAAACGAAAGAUUCCCUCAAGAAAAAAGUCAAGGAUGUAAUAGCAUUCCCACUAUUGAAUAUGAUGAAACAAAGUUAGACAAUGGUUCUCUGUCGGUUGACUCGCAUUUGAAUAAUAUUCCAUUAAAUAAUAGCUACAGUGAAGAAGAAAAUAAUAAGCUGGAAAGUUUUAAACACGAAGACAGUAGUAGUGGACAUUCGUUACUAGUAGACGAACAGUUAAAUAACAUAGAUAUAUCAAAUUCGUUAGAGGAUAAACAAGUAUACAGUUUAAAUUUAGAAAAUAGCGACGCAAUGGUACACAUAAAUAAUGUCCCUAAGGAGUGGUUUUAUUGCAAUAUUUGCGGGAAGAUUUAUGAACAAAAGGCUGACUUUGAAGUACACUAUGAAACUCACUUUUAUAAGUGUUCAAUUUGUUUUGCAGUAUUCACUAAUUUGGAAGUGCUUAAAUCUCAUCGAAAAGAAGCCCAUGGUGCUUGUUUAGAUGAUACCAAGCCUGUAAAAACGAGACUGAAAAGAGCAACUAUACUAGAGAACGGUGAGGAUGGUUCCAAACCAGAUAGUAACAGCGAAGAAAGCGAAGGAGAAUCUAAUCAAAUUAGUUUAGAAGAGGAGGAGCCUCCCGAAGAUUCUACAAAUUCAGUAGUGGAUUCUAACGCUAGUAACAACAAAAGGAAAAAGUGGUCUCCAAAAGUUUGUGAGGAAUGCGGCAAAACUUAUAAGACCAAUUAUAAGCUGUCGGAACAUAUGAGGAAACACACUGGAGAGAAACCUUACAAGUGUCAAUCCUGUGAUAAGGCAUUUAGAUCAAAAAUUGGGUUAGCCCAACACGAAGCCAAACAUACAGGGCAAUACGAUUUUGCUUGUCCGACCUGUGGAAAAGGAUUCCAAUGUAAAAGUUAUUUGAUGGUGCAUCAACGGGUCCAUUCAGACAUCAAACCUUAUCCUUGUACGACCUGCGGCCAAAACUUUAAAACGAAACAGUCUUUGCUGGAUCAUACAAAUAGGCAUUUAGGCGUUAAACCGUACAUGUGUGAUAUCUGUGGUCGUGGCUUUAUUACCAAAGGACUGUGUAGAGCCCACCAAAAAGUACAUUCUGGGUUGGAUAACAGGAAAUAUUCUUGUAAGAUUUGUAGUAAAAGAUUCGUGUCCAAAAGCUAUUUACAGACUCAUUUAAGAAUACAUACCGGAGAAAAACCAUUCAUGUGUGAGGUCUGCGGGAAGGGAUUUCUCACAAGGGUUGACCUUAAAAUACAUUCUACCAUGCAUACUGGGGAAAAAUCGUAUGUAUGUGAAAUGUGCGGUAAAGCUUUUGCCAGGAGAGACGCAUUGCGCUGCCACAGAAGAUCCCACACAGGGGAAAGGCCUUAUAGUUGCGACCUUUGCGGUCAAACAUUCACGCAAUUUACACCGAUGGCAAUUCACAAACGCUUACACACCGGAGAAAGGCCCUAUGCUUGCGAGACCUGUGGGAAAACGUUCGUGUCGAGGUCAACUAUGCAGUCGCACGCAAAGAAACACGUGCGGUGAGAAAAUAUUUCCAAAAAAUUAUGAAGACUGUGCUUUAUUUAUUUUGUAAUUUUAAAAGUUUAAAACCUUGAAU